AUGCUUACACAUCGGCAUCUCUCCUCCCUCAGCAGCAACCCCGUCCCACCCUCUCCUCCUCCACCCUUCUCCGUCCCAAUUCUCGUCUUUGCCCCGGAAAUUACGUCACCACUGCCAUCAAACUCCUUUCCCAAUACCACCAAUUCUUUUGAAUCAGAUUUGUUUGACUCUGCAACUCUUCUCCGAGCUCUGACCAUAUCGGUUCUUUUGGUGGUGAUUGGUGGCCUGGUCGGCCUGAUUAUUUUCCGGCUAGCUGUGGUUUGGAUUGUGUGGACGAGAACGCGCCAUGUGUCUCCCUGGCGCCUCCUCGUCACGCUGCCAUUCCUGCACCCGUUUGGUCUGGAUUCUGAUCGUUCAGCCUCUGCCGGACGGGCUACUUCCACUCAAUCUCCGGAAGCAGCAUCAGAGACAAAUGCAACAGUUGAUGUGGAGACCGCUUCUACAGAUGAGUUGCAGGGGCAAGAAACGGCAGCCAGGUCAGCGAAGCUGGUGAAAAAGGGAGCGAGCACACAACAGCUAGCGCAGCUUGUUUCGAACCCCAUUGCAGCAGAGCAAGAAGAGAAACAAGAGUGUAUUGUCUGCCUUUCUGAAAUGGUUGUUGGGGAAUCUGCAGUCACUCUCCCAUGCUGUAACAAGUCAUUUCACCAGCAAUGCAUCACAGCAUGGCUAGCAACAGCUGGGGCAUGUCCCCUUUGCAGGAGCUCUCCAUUUCAAUGA